CGAUUCAGCCGCCUAGGUCGAUAGUGCCUACCGUAGUUGAACGCCCAUUCCAUAGGGUUAGUAUGGACACCACAGAUAUUGUCGUUCCCCCUGGACCUAAUAGCUGCGAGUAUUCAAUUCUACUGGUUUUUCUAGAGCAUUUCUCGAAAUGGAUCGAGGCCUAUCCGUGUAAGACGCGACAGGCAGCCGAAAUCGUGCGAUACGUCAACCGCUUUCUCGGGAUGCACCAGGACAGCGAGGAGAUCCGGACGGACAACGGAGCAGAAUUUAGAGGGGAGGUUUUUAGGAACCUAGUCCUGCAUGGUGUCUCCAUCCACAACACUGCUCCCCACAUGUCGCAAUCCAAAGGACUGGUGGAGAAUGCCAAUCGAGUGAUUAAGACCGCCUUGCGACACAAUAUUGCGGCGAAUGACACGAGGCCUUGGCCCGAUAUCAUGGACCAUAUCCUCGCUAUCCACCAGGGGACACCCCACGAUUUGUGCCUCCUCGGGGUCGCCUUCCAUUGGGCGGAACCCGCGGACAGGGGGGUGGCGGACGAGAUCCCGGAUGACGAGGUAGAAUUGCUGCUCAUCCAAGGGUGGAGAACGGACACGGAGGGAGAUUUUUUGGGGAUCGUGUUUGGAGAAGUGCGCAACGGCCAUCUGAGUUCCAUUACGAACGAGCUGUUGGUGUUUCUAACCCAAGUACUCGACGACCUGCCGUUGGAGAUCCUCUCGCACUGUGACGAGAGACCAGGGACAGCCACGCUCACUCAUACCUUGGAGCGGCAUCUUUUGUGGUCCACCUGUACGGAACUGGAGGGGGGAAGCUACUACGUGCCCUCGGCGGGUGCGUACCUACACGUCGACGUCACCGAUCUUUCCACGCGGGACCCGCUUAUCCGGCGCGUUCCCGUAGGAGAGACGAGUGAAGAAGAGGAGGAGGACGAUGAAGAAGAAGCAUCGGCAGAGGAAGAAGAUCGGGAAUCCGAUCCCGAUUACCAAGGAUCGGAGAACGCCGAGUCGAAAGAGGCAAGUUCAGGGCGAGCAGAAUCAGGGGAAGAAGAUUAGAGCGGGGGAGUCGAGCGGUCUCAACGAGCUGAGCGGGAAGUAAGAGACGCGGUGGCACAGAGGA